AUGGUGAAGAACGAGUACGAAAAACUCAAGCCCGAUGAUGAUGAGAAGGAGGAAGUCAACCCAGUUUUGAACGCCAACAUAUUUUCUCGUUUAACAAUAUGGUGGAUGAACAAAAUAUUCGUCACUGGAAACAAGCGGCCAUUAGAGGAAGACGAUUUAUUUCCACUGUUAGAAGGGGACAAAUCCGAGGUAUUAACGGAGAAAUUACAAAAAGAAUGGGAAAAAGAAUUGAACAAACGGCAUCAGGGAAAAAGACCUCGAUUUUGGAAGGCGCUCAUGCGCGUCUGCCCUUGGUACGAAUAUUUCACAAUUAUCGCGUUGGUACUAACAGACAUGGCAAACAGAAUGACUUUACCAGUUCUUUUGGGCUUUUUGAUCUCUUACUUGAUGGGAAUUCGGCAGUUAGACGUAAGCUUCAAAUACAUUUUACCAACAUUUAUUUGCAUUACAUCUCUCGGACGAAAUCUCGCCCAACAUCAUUAUCAAAACAGAUCCGCCUUAUUGGGGAUGAGAUUUAGGGCGGCGGCAACUGGAAUAUUAUACAAGAAGGUAAGUGAAACAUUUUAUAACUUCAAAUUGAUAACAAAAAUAAAAUUUAACAGCAUAGUAUUCUUCCAGAACUUUUAACAAAAUUGUAGCUAUAUUGAAUGAUCGUUUCUAGCAUACAAUAUCUAACAACUACUUUAUACAGAAUACCCACAAGAUAAAGACGUUACAAGUCAGUUCUUUUAUUUUACUUUCGUUUGUAAAACUAACUUAAGAAACCUACAAAGAAGAUCGGUGGAUCUAACAUGUUGAUUAAAAAUUAUGCAAGAAAUAAAAAUAAAAGCGCGAAUAAUAGUUUCUCAGUGCUCCCAGCAAGAGGGUUAAAUACCAAUAUUUUGCAUAAUUUGUUUAACCAAUGAUCAGUCCGUGGGCAACAACUUUACCUAUUUAUGUCAUUAUUACUAAGGAAAUAUUUUCCUGUAUGCUGACGUUUACAAGACAUAGCUAAACUGGCAAGCAACACAAUUUUAUGGUUCUCGCUCGCCUGAUUUUCCGUACUUUAAAGAUCCAGAUUUUUGUCUAUAAGACGAAAUUCAUGGUGAUCAUGAAUGCGCAACGUUGUUUAUAGUGCUUUAAAAAAGUAUUCAUUCGUGGUCAGAGAAGCGGAAAUUUCUUGGGAAACCUGGAGUUAAUUCAAACCUAUUUUGCCAAGAUAUAGUAUGAAAAGUUUUUGAAGAAGUUUAUAUUGGUAAUUGAUUUCUAGUUAGAUAAAGAAAAUGUUGCUUUUUGAACCACGAUCUAAUUGACCAGUAGUGAAGCUAGUUAAGAGAAAGCAUUGGGCAAUAAGAUUCAGUUGGACGAACAAAAGAAGCCGAUUUCAGCCUUUUAAGGGCGUGUUCUUUAACUUCUCAAUUUAGCUUAAUAAAGCCCAGUGGGGUUUAUCCAAAUUUAAUUCAGUUUGUAAACAGCGUUUCUUUAACUUCUGGAAAAUGACUUUGAUCAAUGACUUGUGAGGGAAAAAAACCUACAACAAUUUGAAUUAGGUCAACCAGGGAACAAAGUGCUUGAAAGUACGUCAUGUCAGGUACCCGGCUAGUGUCGGAAAGGUGAAAAGAUCGAAUUUGAAGUCAAUUGUUUCCAAUCUUACUGAAAGAGAGAUAGAAAGCGUCCAUAUUUCUAUCAACGAAAAAUAUUAAUUUGAAUGUAAAUAACUAAAGUUUUUCCACAUUCUAGAAAACGUUUAUUUCUAACCAGAGACGCGUGACUGAGUAUGGUAAGAGUGAACACAAUGCUUAAUUAUGCGUUUUAUGUGCUUUAUGAGAUUUCAUGCGUGUUCGGUAUACAAUACCCUUUUCAACUCUGGAAUAUGUUUUUCUUUAUCUCUGACCACAGAGGUGGAAAAAACGUAAACAUACUCUUCAGACAUCUCAUGAAGGCCAAUUCGAUGAUGACUCAUGCUGCCACUCAGCUUUCAUUACAUUCCAAUAUUCUGGUCAUGAAUGUUAUAGUAAAUCUACCAGGUGAUACUGACAACUAACUAGCCAAAUAUAAAUCCACGCUAAGAUAAAGAAAGGAGAAACUUACGAUGUACAUCUUUCAUUUGAGUACUAUACAUCAAAUAAAUUAACUUCUUAAUUCGCUGUACUGAAAUCAGGUUAUCAUCUCCAACUUGCGGAUGACGCUGUGUCUAAUUUUUUUUUUUUGCAUAGUUAGUACAGGUGACCCAGAAUGAAAACUGGCACAAAUCAAAAAUGAAACAAUGGUGUUACGGUGUGAAUUUUGGGAGCUAUUGACAAGCAUAAUCGUUUGUUUUUGGUUCACAACCAUGAAUGAAUAAAUUUAUGGGACGUUUUUUAUUUGUCAGCUGGAUACAAAUGGUAAGAAUGCUGUUGAACAGUAUCUUCGGUCAAGUCCAGAAAACAGGGGCAGCCAACGACCGUCUCCUCCUAAAUUGAUUGAAAACAUUUUUUUUAGACUAUCCUGAGCACUUUUAGAUCUCUAGAAAUGCAUUCUAAGUGGCGCUAUAAAAUUUGUCCCUGUUCGGUCAUCCUAGGGCAACUUGAGUCUUCUAGAAAUUGCAAGGGCUUCAGUAUUAUUUUCCCGAAAAUUUUAGAUGCAGAUUAUCGUUUUGAAUUUUUCUGAUUCCUCUCUCCAUCACAUUUUUGAAUUCAAAGAUUUUAGGUUUCCUUUUUCUACGAAAAAUAGUCUAAUCUGGGGAGUGAAAUGUGAAAAAUUAAACUUCAGAAAAUCGUAGGGAAUUAAUUAGAUAAGCUUCGAAAAUUGUAUACGGAAUGGAACGGUCAUCUAGAAAUUUUAAGCCGUUCUCAAGCAAUAGAAAAUUCUAGGCCAUGUUUGCUUGGUCUCUCCGAACAGAUAUUUUACAGAAAACAGUCGUUGGGUGCCCCUGGGAAAAGCAGCAACAAAAACAUAACUACUAGAAAGAAAAGAAAAACUUCACAGUUUUUUACAGCGUGGAUGACCCAAAAUUCGUGUUCCAUUCCUUCAAAGCCUUUUUUGUUACCAGUUUCAGGACUUUGCGGCCAUUUUUCACAAUGGAACCAUCGAGUUAGUAGAGGAGACUGAUUAUCGAAGCCGGCAAACAUCAAAAUCGGUUGAAAACAACAGUGCUGUAGUUUAUUUUGAAAACUCCCUGACCGUGCACAAUUCUUUGUUUUUGUUCACAAAUUGUGACUGAAUAAACUAUAUUCAAUUGGUCAGUAAGUUUAUAUGGACAGGCGGGUUACCCCACCUAAGCGAGUAACCUCACCUACCUAGGGUCCCUCACCUCCAUGUAGACAGACCCUAACAAAGGAGUCUGACAGGUUUCAAAACCAUUCCACUUAAAUAAAUAUGAUGGAACUGAUUUGCGGAAAUGGUAAACGCUAUUCCGCAGCAUGGACAUUUACCCCAGAAACCCAAACCGUCACACCAAGCGGGUUUGCUCGUGUAAAUAGUAAACAGUUAACAGCCCUUGUUUAAGAUGCCUUUCACUUCUGUUUUACUUGUAAUGAGGAAAGAGAGACGAAUUAAUUUCUGAUAGAAAAAUUUGCAGGGAGGAAUCAGUUGUCAGUCCUUAAAAAUUUUAUUAUCUUCUUGCUUUUUAAGAAAUCUGUGCAUAGUCCAUGAAAUAGAACCUCGCAUAAAUUAACAUUCUUGAUUAUAUAUAGCCUAGCCAUGCCAAGAUGCACGCACUAACGCGGUAGCCAAUUUCAAGAAUAUGUACGUCUUCGUGGGUAUAUAUAUUGUUAAAUGCAAAUAGUGAUUUUGGUCCAUCGAGCUGGAUGUUCCUAGAUUGAUUUCCAACAACAAGGAAAGUCUUAAAAGCAGAAUACGCAACGCCGAGAGCAUUCAUAAACUAUCAGUCGGAGUUGUUCGGAGUCGACCCGAGUGAAUCGAAGUGAAGUACGAAGCACGACUUUUUUUUCUAAAUCUUGCUUUAUUGGCCGAAAGAAAAAGAAAGAAAGAAUGAAUAAACGCUGCAUGGUUUUCGGCAAUAAAAUUAAAUUAAGUCCGGAAAAAACACUCUGAAUAGUCCCGGAAUAACCUAACUUUUACCUCAGAGUGGUUUACGUUCGAAGAUUUGUUUUUCUUUGACUUUGACCUUUGAUUGGGUUCGGAGGAUUGAACCACGGUCACUUUAGAGCACGUUUUGAUUGCGUUUCUUAGAAGGAGACAUGUAAUAAAAUAAAACAAUAAAAAAACAAUAGCAUCAUCUGCCAGAAUUAAAAUGUAGAGAGUUUAUCACUUCACUCGAUUUUUGCUAGGCGAACGACUGAGGUUUGUAAGGAAAAAGCUCCCCUACGUUUUGGGCGUUCGAAUUGCACCACGUGCUAUUUCAGAAUGUUUUGGUAUACUUCCUCCGCCUCGGAGUUAUACUUUUUACUUCUGCAUCCUUAAACGCGCGCAAUAGGGGAAAAAAUGAGAUGAAAUCGAGGGCCAACGUAAAUAUACUUCAAUUUGAUAUUUCAACCCAAUUCUCCCACGAAAUAUUACGCGAACGAACGUAUUGUCAGCAAUAUAGGGUACUUUUACUUGAAAUCAUAAUAAAACGUCAAGUUUUUCCUGAGGACUUUGCAAUGUCCUUUUUAAAGUGAGUAUUUCGCGCAAGACCAUGACGUACCAUUCGCGAUCAGUAAAAAACGCUUGUUGUAAAUACUAUUAGAAGACCUUAUGAAGUGUGUGUGUAUGUGAAGUCGAUAGGAUGCUCUUGAAAAUAAAUGUACUUCGUAAGAAGCUUCUUAUUAGCCAAAAUAUGUAACAAAACGGUUCGAGAACAAAUAUUUCCAAAGGUUAUUUCGGGUUAUGAAGCUAUUUUAGUAAAGACUCUUAAAAAGCUGACGACUUAACUUGUUUUAAUAAAAAAGAAAACAAUAUCCGUCGUACUAUAGAAACUCCUCCUCUAAAUAGAUUUUUUCGUUAAGUUCUAGCAGUGAGCUCAACCAUUUUAGGAAGUUUAACAAGCUAUUUUUUUUUAUUUAUGUCAUUCAAAUUAAGCAUUUCAGUGACAACCCUAAUUACCAUUUCCCUAGUUAAUGUUUGCCAAAGCUGGAGCAAGUACGAUUUUAUCAAAUUAUGUUCACUUGGUUUUCUUUUACUUGUGAGCUUUUGUUGCUACUGUGAUUUGUUACUUACCAGCCUGUAUAUAAGCCUAGUUUAUAAUUUUCCUUUAUUUCCUUUUUUAUUUCGUUUUACCAGUAAGUAAUAUUCAUUUCUGUAUUCUUAAAUGCCAUAAACCUUAACUUUCUGGAAAAGAAAACGAGAGCCUCGUAAAGGCGCCACAUUUCUAAGAGUUAAAUAUUAAUAAACCUAUAUUUUUUGUAACUUUAAAGCAAACUGAAGGUUUGCUACGACGUAUAAUUGACCUGUUGAAAGUCCGUCCUAAUAUAAAUAAUUAUUUGAACGAACGUAUUGUGAGCAAUAUAUAGGAAAAUUUAACUUGUAUUCAUAAUAAAACGUCAAGUUUGUCCUGAGCACUUUAGAAUGACUUUCUUUUUUGAUAUAUUGCGCGCGCUAUGACCUACUAUUUCGCGGUCAGCCAAAUCUAAGUAGAGACUGCCAAGUAGAUGAUAAAAAAGAUCUUCAGCGAAAGUUGUGUCUAUGUAAAUUGUAGGAAAGGACGUAUGUUGUUGCAAAAAGUUCUACUUCACAAGAAGUUUCUUAUGUGCGAAAAUAACAAAACAGAACAACAAAUAUUGCCGAAAGUUAUUUUUGGUUAUAUACCUAUUUUUGUGAAUACUCUUAAAAUAAUUGACGACUUCAAACUUAUUUUAAAGAAAGAGGACUUUAUACUUUUUACGUAUAAAGAGCACGUUUUCGAUCAAAAUUUUUUGCUUUUUUCAUUAUGCUAUGACUGCAUGCCGAUUCGUUCAUCUUAUUUUAACCUGCAUAAACCGAUAUUGCUUUACUAUUGUCAUAAAUAUUGAUAAAAGUGCAUAAUUUUUUCCUUACCAUCAAUUUAAAGAAAUGAUAUUAUAUACUUUUACAUGAUGUUAAAAAGAGUGGUUUGAACCUAUAUGAACUAAAUCACGGAAGUCAGGGAGGAAAAACAAUAUAAAGAGGAAUAUCAUCUACUACAAUUUCAAAAUUUAAAUAGAUCAUACAGAAAAUUGAUUUUUCGCAGUUUUUUCGCGGAUACCUCACCUUCACGUGAUAUUUUUUUACACCCACUCAUUUUACUGUUCGUUUCAUUGUUGUCCUAGGUGCUUCGAAUGAGCCAAUCAAAGCUAGCGAAGAUAACUUCCGGUUACGUCAUCAAUUUAGUAUCCAAUGAUAUUCAACGUCUCGACCUGGCGACUCAGAACCUCUUUGCAUCCUUGCGAUCCCCGUUCGACCUCGUGAUACUGGGAAUUCUUCUCUGGGUUUUGAUUGGUUGGCAGGCCGUCACCGGGCUGGCAUUUGCUCUCAUUCUCAUUCCCUACGAGGCGGAGAUGACAGGCUGGGUUGCUAAGCUCAGAAUGAGGGCGGCAAGGGUAACAGAUAAGAGGUUAGGGGUGAUGAAUGAGAUUAUUUCAGGAAUACGAGCUGUUAAGAUGUAUGCUUGGGAGUUGCCGUACAGAGAUGCAGUACGUGCGAUAACGAGGUAAGCUAGAACAAUUUUUAAACAUCAGAUUCAUUUAUAAUUAACCUCUCUCCUGGAAUCUUUUUUUCCCACCACACCAGAGAUACAGCGAAGCAAAUUUGAAUCUUUGGUUAAUUAUUUCAAACCCAGCUUUAUGAGCUAGUUCUCAGGGUCUAGGCUUGACUAUCAGAUACUAAAUAAAAUAAUAAAUAACGAUAUAUAGGUAGCACAUCCACUAAGUGGUUCUUCGUCUACCUGAUUACUGGUCGAAUUGAAAUUUGGAAAUGUUGGUUUUUGAGUAGAGGGGGAACCGGAGUACCCGGAAAAAACCUCUCGGAGCAAGGAAGAGAACCAAGAACAAACUUAACCCACAUAUGGCGUCGACGCCGGGAUUUGAACCAGGGCACUUUGGCGGAAGGCGAUUGUUCUCACCACUACGCCACCCUUGCUCCUAUCCUUGUCCCCUACUGUUCGGGAAAUGCAACCAGUCACUCCUCCCCCGACGAAGGUCGGAAAGAAACAAAUUUAAAAAACAAUAACCACCUCCUCUUUCUUAUACUAUGAUGGGAGAGGGAUUAACUUCUGUGGUCUGGGGUUUGGCAACCCUAAUACUGUUCGUAAUAUAAAAUGGAAAUAGAACAUACGUGCCAAAACGAUACUAAUUGCUUUAAAAGAUACCGACAUUACCCUUUUAAAUUUCCUCUUGUACUUUCUAGGUCUUAUACAGAAUACCCUUGUUUUUAUAUUUACAGGUCUGAAAUCUCUAUCCUGCGAAAAAUAUACAAUAUUCUCUCGACAUUCGCCUCCUUGCAGCACACAUAUGACAGCGUGAUCUGUUUGAUCGCUUUCAUAACUCUCAUCUUCACCGGGAUUCGCCUGACGCCAUUUAACGUGUUUACAAUGGUCGGUCUCUUGUCGGAGAACAGGCGUUCUCUUGUUUAUGGUCUCACGGACGGAAUGCAGCUGAUUGCGGACUGUUUUGCGUCGCUUGAGAGAAUUGAAGGAUUCUUGUUGAUCGAGGAGCUCUACGAAAAUGGAAAAGAAGAUAAGGAAAGAGAAGAAAAACCAGGGAAGGAAGACAGUGAAGAGAGAAAGGAAGAAGCAGAGGAGGAGGAGGAGAGUUCUAAGAAACCAUUUCUAAAGGUGAGGUAUUUUAACGCAAUCUGUCUCUUUACGAAUGUAUUCAGAUAUAGAUAUAUAUAUAUACAUUCAAAACGCUUUCGCCUUGGCCAUAGCAUUCAACAUUAGUUUUUCAAAACUACGCUCUGAGAUCGUAGGUCAUAGACUUUGCUUUAACAACCGACCCUUUUGAUUUAAGUGUUAUGGCAUGAUUCGAGUCACUUCCCGUUUGCCCCGCCAUUUGUAUUUGCCUAGACUUUCUCAGUUACUGUCAAUAUCUAGCAUUUUUAGUUAAUCCUUUUGGUAGUUUUGUAUCCAGUACCUUAUUGACCUUUCCUUCCCUUUCCUGUUAACCUUUAUUAACUUUUAAUUUCCUUUCCUUCUAUCCUUGAUUACCUGCAUGCUAUGUAAUGCGUAAAGACUUUUGAGAAGGAAAAUAUUAAUCAAUACAUUAACUUGAAACUUGAACCUUUCAAAACAAUAUCCAGAAACACGAAAGGCCGUGACAACAUGCGCUUCAUGUACUUCUUUGCGCUUGACACUGGGUUCCUCGGUUUGGGAUUGCUCCUGAAUAUUUUUUCAAUUCCCAUUUUGUGAUUGGCUGUAGCGAUUCGGUAUGCCGCACCUUAUUUGAACAGUUCGCUCCAAGCAAGAUAAUCCGAAGCAGAUUCGGAUUCUUGAGUCCACGCCGUGGAUUCCGGAUUUUAGGUAAUGGAUUGCGGAUAUCUUGUCAGUGGAAUUGGGAUUCCGGAUCCCAAUCGCGUUAGCGGGAUUUCAGAUUCCUAGUGGUGAAUUCCCCGGAUUUCGCAUUCCACAUUCCAUGGUUUUUUUUCGGAUCAAUUUAGGUAUCUGGGGCCCGCUUCUCGAAAGUUCCGAUAAUUAAUGGGCCCGUAAAGCUGUUGUUGUUUACAUGUAACAUAAAGGUUUCAAUAGUUUUGCAUCUAACAUGAUAAAACUAUCAGUUAAUGAAACAAAAUGGAGUAUUUUGCUAGCCAGGACCAGGGCUCUUACUCUUUUUAUUUCGAUUUGAAUAUUUGAUUUCGGGCCCGAAAAGUUACCGGGACUUUCGAGAAAAGAGCCCCAGGGAACUGCCCACCUACCCCUCCCUUAAGCCAAAAUUAACACUUACUUCUCAUUUAGGGCAAAACGUUAGCUUAGGGGAGGGGUAGGGGGCAGCUUCCCAGAAAUAUAUAUGAUCCAUUUUUUGUUCUAUUUUCCAGGCAUCCAACAUAACUUGCCAUUGGAAUGGUAAAAAUGAAAGUCCGGUUCUAAAUGACGUCAGUAUAGAAGCCAAGGAAGGUAAAUUAGUUUUGGUGACAGGUCCUGUUGGUGCGGGAAAAUCCUCACUUCUUCUCGCGCUUCUCGAUGAACUUCCUCCGAGCUCAGGUAAUAUUGAGCGCAGUGGAAGAAUAGUCUACGUUCCUCAGACAGCUUGGGUAUAUAGCGGCACCCUGAGAGAGAACAUUCUCUUCAACCAGAAGUUCGACCAAGAAAAAUACGACCGAACGAUUGAAGCUUGCGAUUUGAAGAAGGACAUUGCUAUGCUGCCUGAAAGAGAUAAUACUGUUCUCGGAGAGCGUGGUGCUAGUCUGAGUGGUGGUCAGCGUGCACGCGUCAAUCUAGCACGCGCAGUGUAUAGCGAUGCUGAUAUCUAUUUGCUUGAUGACCCGCUAAGUGCUGUCGAUGCUAAAGUUGGCAAACACAUCUUUGAGAAAUGUAUUAACGGGUUGCUAAGCAACAAGGUGCGUGUUCUUGUGACGCAUCAAUUGCAGUACAUGAAAAGCGCAGACCACAUCGUAAUUCUGGACAACGGAAUCGUGGUGAAGGAAGGGGAAUAUGAGGCAAUGAAGGAAGCUGGACUGGACUUCGAGACACUGGAGAAAGAAUUUGAUCAAGGGCAGGAAAAGUAUCAUGAAAUUGAAGGAGGAAAACUGACCGUAACAACUGACCAGGUAAACUAGUCACGAUUCGCAGACAACUGAAUACAUUCGUUGGUUAAGCGCUGUACUCGUAGAUAUGAGCAUAUUGGAUUUCAAGGAAUCAUCGCGUAUACACAAACUGCUGCUGUGUCUAAACGAAUCAGGGGAACCCCUAAAUUUAUUCUAAAAUCUAAGUCUUUAUAACAUAAGCAACCAAUUGGUUAUAAAGUUCCAAAAAAAUUCACCGCAGGCUCUAUUCAAAGGAAUGACCUUAAAAGACUUUUGCAUUACCAUAGUCCUUUUCGCGUUUCAGUUACACCUGAUAUAUAAAAUACUUUUUUCACGGUUUCGUUACAAUUUUAUCUAAAUUUGAGGGAAAAUAUUUUCACGCAUUUCAGUCAUCAGAAGAUCCUGCGCACUUGGUCACUUUAUUCUCGAGCCGGGGACUGGAGUCGAAUUGUGUCCCGCCAUUUCUUGUGCGACUGUUUCUGGAGACUCGCUUGUCAGCAAGCAAGGACAAUGGCGACGUGAACGAGAACGGGAAAAAAAAGGUUUAGAUUGGCAAAACAACAACUCUGCACGUGCAUCACGCUUUUAAAAACAUUUUUCUGCCAUUACUGCACGACUACGACCUGAAAAUACCCAAUUUCACGUUUUGUGGAGGACGUGAACAAAGACAACGACUGUCUUUUUCUUUUCCUGAACUUUGCUACAGUAUUUUAGAAUUCAACUCCAGAAAAAAAUGCCAAGAUUUGACGAACUGAACGUGACGGAAUAAGCGCGAUAAAGUUUGAAGUAGCGUGAAUUUACUUUGUAAGUGACGUUUUCGUAGCCGUCGCCGUCGUCGUUGCUUAAGCUCCCCAUUGGGCAGAUUUCUCGGUGUCCCUAUUAACAGUCCCAGAAGUCUUUGCGAAAGUUAACUUGACCCAGUCUCUCUCUCGUUUCUAAAGUAGCGAAUGGUUUUUAGAAUACGUACAUUUCUUUAAUAACCAUACCCUGCAAGCAGAGAUUUCUCUGUUGCAUGGCUUUUAGGGUUUACGAAGUCGUUCGCGUGGCUUGUCUGUCGCGUAGUUGUUUUUUUUUUUUACGUCUUGCGUUUCUCACGGGGCCUAAACAAACCAACUACACGACACACAAACCACGCGAACGACUUCAUAAACCCUAAAGGCCAUGCAACAGAGAAACCCCUGCUCGCAGGGUACAUUAAUCAUUUACCACAGGGGCGUUCUAACUCUCGGAGAGGAAGUUGUCUAAAAUGUUAGUUAGAAAGAGCCGUUACUUUUGGAAAAGGUUUGAUAAGUCGCCCAAUGUAAGGUGAUCCAAUACAUCGGAUUCUGGAUUCCAUACUGUGGAUUCUGGAAUGCAGGUACUGGAUUCGCGAUUCUUUGCCAAUAGAACUUGUAUUCCGCAAUCCAAUUGUUCAGAUUUCGUAAGCUGAGUAUGAAUUCCAAAGCCCAGGAUUCCUGAUGUAUAAGCAAACUUUUCCAAACUCCAGAAUCCGAAUUACCUCAUGCAAAGCCAGUUAAAGGCAGCUACAAUGACAUUGUUUUCUUUACAUCAGUCCCACGACGGUUAGCUAACCCUUUUUCUCUCUUUCAGGAAAAUUCCAAGCGCAAGGAACGCCGUGAAAGCGACUGCUCUGAAGGUGCCGCGAAGGGCCUGGUCACUUCUCAGGAGGACCGAAUUGUAGGCACCAUUUCUGCCCGCCUCUACUGGCGCUACUUCAGAUCGGGCCUGCAUGGAAUAUUGUUAAUGUUCCUAUUACUGCUGUUCCUAAUCGCGCAAGGUAGGUGCAUGUAUGCUUGUAUCUCAUUAACUCCUUUUUUGAAAUUCUCGGAGCCGUGGUAAAUCAUUUGCUUCUAAGUUUUGACCGCAUCAUAUAUUUGUGCGCUGAUGGGAGGCCAGUUUAAUGAAACCUCAAAGAAUAACUAUCAAUUUUUCUUGGCCAACAAGCAUAGUCGCAAUGAGAGAUUCUUUUAUGCAGACAAAAUAUCUUUUUCCUAAUCUUGCGGGAAAAAAGCGGGAGAACUUGAGAGGACAAGAUUGGUCGAUCUAUUGUAGGCCACAUGGGUAGGCAAUCACACACCACGCGAUUUUUUUUUCAUCUCUGAUGAUGAUGUUGAUAUAUCGGCGAAAGCUCGGAAUUCAAAUUUUACAGCACUUGAAGGCCUUACUCGAACAAUAUUUCACUUUCUAACGUUUAUAUUUUUGAUACUAUGGAAUGUUCCAAGAAGAUAAGAGCUAAUUAUAACUUGCUCCAAUUUACCAACAAAGCAUCAAGCCUUGUUGUUAUUGUUUAGUAAAAGUGACAACCUAGAAUGUGCCGAAGUCGUUGUUGUGAAGAGUUUUUCUCCUGUAGCCAAAACAUCUUUUUUUCAAUCUCGCGGUAAAAGGCGGGUGACCCUGAGAGGACAAGACUAGUCAAUCUAGCGUAGGCCACAUUGACAGGCAAUCAGAAUAUGAUAACAAUAAUAAUUAGUAUUUACCAAAUCAGUGAAUACCAAUUUUGCGCGUUUUGGUUGGCUCCUGUAACUCGGAAUAUCCUUGGCUGUUGUCUGAUUUGAGACCGGAGCCAAGAUGGCGUCUCGUUUCGAGACAUUUUCGAAAGACGAAAUUGAAGUAGUUGUACAAACAAAUACCAAGAAAUCGACGAUCUUUGGCUUGCCAUUGUUUACUGGUAGGUAGAAAAUUAUUUUCAUGCUGAAUUUGUAACAAAAUCGUAAAAAUGCACUUGACAAAAUCCGAAAUGUUUGUAAAUUGUAAAAAUUGUAAACAAAGUUCCUACCAAGUGACGUUUUUAAUUGCAAAAAGUUGCUUUUUUUCAUUUUUAUCCAGCUGAUUUGGUAAAUACUUAAACAACUAUCCCCCUCAGGGUCGGUUCAUAGCGCUAGAUAUAUACCUCGACACUUCGCGUCUCUAUAUCCACCAAUAUUCACCUCCACUACGGGAGAUAUUUAUAUAAUAACAACAUUCCAUAAACAUAUGCUUGUAAGCCCCAGCCCUCACCUGUAAGCCUCCCCCAGUUACAAACCCAUCUAUCUGCAAACAAAAAUUCCACAAACUUCCGCCCCCGGGCUGGAGAUCUGUACAUAAUAACCACAUUCCAUAAACAGGUUCUUGUUAGCCCCACACCUCCCCCGACAGCCUCCCCCACUUACAAACCCCACUAUCCACAAACAAAAAAGAUACAUCCGGUUUUACCAACCCCCCCCCCCGUCCCCCCCCUCCCCCAAAUAUAUGCCAUCCCCCUCUGGCUUGCAUUGAAAUGUAAUCGAUUUUUUCUCAACGUCGACGUCUUGAAUCUUGGAUUAGAUUUAACGGAGCAACUUAAGAAUGUAUUCUGAUCAGCACUGUUAUAUACAUCUGGCACUAGCUCGUUUUGACAUGCUGUUCUUAGUCCGCUUAUAAGCUUCCGCUGAUACAAGUCCCCUUCCCCUCCCCCCUGUCCCUAAGCCCUCCUGAAACCUUUACAAAGUUGUCUAAGCCAAUGGCUUAUAAGCGGACGUUUACGGCCGGUACUCAUACAUGAACUGUGCAGCUCCUUUCUAACUAGAAUUUUUCUACAGCAUCUAUAAUUUCUCCCAACCUGUGGCUGGUGCAUCUAACGCGAAUGAAAUGGGUGGAACAGAAGCACAAACUUAACCUCAUAAUUUACGGCAGUCUGGUGGGAGGGGCUCUCUUUCUUGCUGUUCUCCGAGGUCUCCUCUACUACUGUACCACACUAAGAUGCUCGGAUAAUCUUCACGAUCGGAUGGUUAUUUCCAUUCUUCAGUCGCCUGUUUUCUUCUUCGACACCAAUCCUUCCGGGAGAAUACUUAACAGAUUCUCAAAGGAUAUUGGGAUCGUUGACGAGUUUUUACCUCCUACGUCACUACUGGCUAUCCAGUAUAUAUUGCAGACUCUAGCGUCUGUAUGCGUCACGUGUUCUACCAACUAUUGGGCGAUCAUUGGCGUUAUUCCUAUGGUGACUGGUUUCUUUGCAAUCAACAGGUAACUUAGAUCAAUCUUCGCCUUGUGCUCGGUACACUUAAGAUAUUCACUUUGAUGAACAAGUGAUAUUACGGUUUAUUCUUUUUAUGUUUCAGUUAGUUGCAACAUGACCUGACGUAUGAAAGGGAAAACUUUAAAUACCGAUUUCUAACAGUGCUUUGAUACUUUAACCGGCUUCUGAUUAAAAAAUAAAUAAUUUAUCCCAAAACACUGCCGCAGUAGGUCCAAAGAAAGUAUAACAAUAUGAACUGAACAGACAAAGGCAUUGUUCUACAGAAUGUUCGGCCCGCCCCUACUUAAUUGACUACCUUGUAAUUUAAAGAUGAUUAUGGAAGUCUAAACUUAUACAUGUAUACGUAAAAGCCUGUAGAAAAGGCGAUUUUCCCCCCUUUUUUCAGGCGCCCAGAAGCGCAAUGCGAGCGUGGAGCGCGAGACACGUGCUAUGGGUUAUAGCGCCUAGCCUGCAAGCAAGCUCUCCAUUUGGGGGAUAUCGUGAAAAGUAGACGCGCGAGACUGGGCACGCGAGAGGAGACGCGAAAGCAGGAGCCGGUUUCCCCGCUCACUCGCGCUUUCUCGCGCCCUUUGCUCGCCCAAAUAGGAGAGCUUGCUGAUAGCGCCUAGUUCCCCUGUCGCGGGUGUCAAUAUAUUUGGUGUUUUGAGUUUUACAAUUUUAAAAUAGAUCACUGUGGAUGGAAUAUGCACUAUUUACUUAAAUAAAAUAGGUGGUCCGUUUUGUAAAGAUUGUCGAACUCCUCUCUGUGUAGAUAUUAUCUGAAGACCUCUCGUGAAAUCAAGCGAAUGGAGGCGAUAAGUCAGAGCCCGGUGCUGGCUCACCUGGCCGACACUCUGGAGGGAAUCAUUAUCAUCAGAACAUACCACAUGGAAGAAAAGUUUAUAAAAGCUUUUAACGAGUAAGACUUUGUCUUUCUUCUCUCCCCUUUUCUCUAUAGUCUGCCGCGGACACAGCCGUUCUUUGGAACGUUGCGUGGCGAUACAAAGAACGGCUGUGAAACAAACUCCAUUACCUUUAAAAAAGUUAACCUGUGAACACAGACGUAUUUCCGGUUCGCCCCAUUUAAGGUAAUCCGCAUUCUGGAAUCUGGAAAGUUUUUGUUUGUGGAAUCCUGAAUUCUGGGUUUCGGAAUCCGGAACACGGCUCAAGGAAUCUGGAAUCCCGCUAACGCGAUUGGAAUCCGGAAUCCCAAUUCCACUGACAAAAUAUCCGAAAUCCACAGCGUUGUAUUCAGGAUCCAAGACUGUCUUGGAUUCCUUUUCAUAGGGUAAUCCGUUUGUCGCUUCAAUUCUGAUAUAACUUAUCGAGCGGCAAGAAGCGAGGACCGGAAAAGUUAUGUGUCUACGGCCGUGUUCUCAGGCUAAUCUUUCUCAUGCUCUUAAAGGUCUUUUUUUAAUCACGAGCCAUAUUUUUGACAGAAAGAGACAAUGAUUAGCGUUUCAUUUUGACUUCGAGAGUCUUCUUAAUCUUUCUUUAUAAAUCAUAUGAAGCCAUCGGGCCUAAAAGGGGUCGCAGACGCUUAGAGGAGAGGUCUUUUAAAAGAGGUUCUAAUUAUAGGGAUUUGACUGAGAAAAUUUUCAGUGUUUUUGGAUAGAUGGUCGCUUCUCGGAGGUGGUCGUUUACGAAAAGUGGUCGCACAUGGAGGCUCGACUUUACACUCCUAAACGAGGAGAUAAGCAUCCCCCGCCCCUUGCAAAUGGGAUUUUCCCUAAGGUUUGACAUUUAUUGCUGCUAAGUAAUACUUUUUUACAGGGUGCAAGACAGGCGAAGUCAGAUCUGGUUUCUUGUGCCACACAGCGCGCGAUGGAUGGGAAUUCGCCUUGAUUUCGUCUGUACGUUGUUUGUGGCGUGCGCAACUUUCACUGGUGUAUUCACCACAACUGAUGCAGGUACAGUGUUUGCAUGUCAUUUUAAUUAAAAACAACAACAAAAACAAGUCGUUGUUAUUUUUUAUUAAAAAAAUGGAAAAAAACUGUUACCCUCGACCCUCGAUAAAAAGAUAGACUCGCGCGCAGGGGACUGAUCAGAAGGUUUCCCUUUGUUUAUCUGAGUAGAAUACUUUAUAAUAGGAAAGAAACGCUACUUGAAAUCGAAGACGAACUUAACGAACUCACUCAUCGACACUAUGAAAUCUUGAUACUCAAGAAAACAUUCCUGUCUGUAUGGCGCUCCUAAAAUAUAUGACAGUUCAUUAGUUCCUGUUCCUAGUCAACAAAAGCGAUUUUUUUUCUUGAAAUUGCUUUAAUUUCCUUCAAUCAGAAAUUUUGCUGCCUCUAUCUCGUAAAUUUCCUUUAUUGGAAGGUAUUUUUACCUUAAAUUUACGUUUAUUGACGUAGCAUUUUUCAACAUAAGCGCAUGAACCUAUUACCAUAGGCUGGUGAUAAGCGUUAAUUUCCUGUGAUAAGAAUAAUGUACAUUGACUUCUUUCCUUAGGAACAUUGGGCCUUUCCCUUGUGUACGCCAUCAGUACUGUUGGUCAGCUGCAGUUUGCCAUGCGCCAGACGGCCGAUGUUGAAAACAUGAUGACCGCGGUGGAGCGGGUCAUAACCUACACUGAGCUCCCUAAGGAGCCAGCGUAUGAUAUCACCAACACGCCCCCUGCAGAAUGGCCCCAAGAGGGGGGACUACGAUUUGAGAACCUUUCGCUCAAAUACUACGAAGGGGGCCCCCAAGUUCUUAAGAACAUUUCCAUUAACAUCAACCCUCGUGAGAAGGUUGGAGUAGCCGGAAGAACAGGAGCUGGAAAGUCUUCUUUGGUAUCCGCCUUGUUUCGGAUGCCAGAACCAGGUGGAAAGAUUUACAUUGACGACUUGGCGCUUGGCGAACUCAACGUUCAAAGCACCAGACCGGUUAUUUCAGUUAUCACUCAAAACCCCACCCUGUUCAGCGGCCCUCUAAGGAUCAAUUUAGAUCCGUUCUCUCGCUUCAGCGACACAGAAAUCUGGAGCGUGUUAGAACAAGUUCAAAUGAAAUCCAAAAUCCAGGAAUUACCUGGGGAGCUUUAUUAUGAACUUUCCGAGUCCGGAAACAACUUUGGUGUCGGAGAACGACAGUUACUAUGUUUAGCAAGAUCUUUGUUAAACAAAAACAAGAUCAUUGUCAUGGAUGAAGCCACGGCAAACGUGGAUUUUAGCACUGAUAGAAGAAUCCAAGAAACUAUUCGUAGCAAGUUUCAAGACUGUACUGUUAUUACGAUAGCGCAUCGUCUGAACACUAUCAUAGAUUACGAUAAAGUAUUGGUUAUGGAUAAAGGAACGGUUGUUGAAUUUGAUAAACCAAACGUUCUUCUACAAGACAAACACGGGGUACUUACAGAAUUAUUUCGAAAUCAACAAGUAGCAUUAUCUUAGAAUCUUCUAAUACAGCAAAUUUAAUAAUUGAAUGAAUUAAACAAUUAUUAAUUAACCUGCAAAAUUCACUGAGACAUACGAACUCUGUAAUAAAACUUUGACACGGGCGAGAAUUCUUUUCAAAUUAAUACCGUAGACGUUUAACCAAAUACAAUAGACCUCUUUACAUUGUAUGUUUUGUUUUGCAAUGAAGGUCUCGAGGAAAUUUGCCCCUUUGUGACAUGCACGAUGGAGGGCGAUCCAAAAUGGAAUCAUAAAAAAGAAUAACUCUAAUUGAGAGUUUAAAUUGAAAUUGCUUAAUAACAUCUAAAUUUGAUGUAUAUGAAAUUAUUUUUCAAAGUUAUUUUAACUAACAU